CUGCCUCAAGCGCAGCCCCGUCCUCGGAACCAAAUUCUGUGUCUCUCUGGCUCACAUCUCAGAACCAAAUUCCUGACCGCGGACAAGCUACCGCGGACAAGCUGAAACAGAAACAAGCCCCUUCCGAGCGCCAGAAGACUCGUGACCCAGAUGUCCCGGGCGGUGAGAACCAGAGGAAAGACACACUUCCCACCGGAGGACUGGAGGAAUGCGCCACCACGCGUGGUCAGCACUGCCAGGGUGACCACAGGCUCGGCACCCACACCCGCUGCCUCUCACUGCGGCACAGUCACGCCUCAGGGUCGCCAAUCCUUUCAGAGGCGCAGGCCGACGCAUGUUUCAUACGUCAUACUGAAGCGCGCCGGCCGCGGAGACUUCUGGGAAAUGCAGUCCGAACGAAGGCCGCGUUCUGAUUGUGCGCGCAGGCCCUUUGCGCAGACUCUGCCUUCCCGACCUGAUGAAGCGCCGUUUUCCUGGGUCCUGAGCGCCGAGUCCCGGAGGACUCUGCCCUUUCCUAAUGGAGAGCACCCAGGCGGGAACAGCUGCUGUGGCUCCAACUGCCAGGUGCCAGGAAUCAGUGACAUUCAUGGAUGUAGCUGUGACUUUCACAGAUGAAGAGUGGAGGCACCUGAUCCCUAUUCAGAGGGACCUCUACAAGGAGGUGAUGCUGGAGAACUAUCAGAGCAUCAUCUCAGUCGGACUUCCAGUUCCUCAACCUGAUGUGAUUUUCCAGUUUAACAGAGAGGAUAAACCUUGGAUAAUUGAUCUUCACGGACCUGAUGAAGGAAGAUGGCCAGAGAACAUUUCUCUAGACUGGGAGACAAAGCCUGAGAUUCAAGGUGAGAUUCAAAGUGAUUCAGAAGAAAAGUCAGAAGGAAUGUCAGUGGAACAGCUUGGAAGAAAAAGUCCUCUGUGUCCUAAAUUGGAAGUUCAUGCACUAGAAGGUGGAUUGGAAACAGAGAAGGAAAGUCCCAUAGUGGAGAUUUGUAAGAAAUCCUUUUCCCAGGAGGAAAGCUUGCAGCAAGGGUUAACCCGUCCCAAGAAAAUUCUCACUAAAGACAGAGACCAGGAAUGCAGUGAUUGUGGGAAGACCUUUUUUGACCACUCAUCCCUUAUCCGCCAUCAGAAGACUCACACGGGAGAGAAGCCCUAUGACUGUCAUGAGUGUGGGAAAGCUUUUUACAACCGUUCAGCUCUAACUGUACAUCAGCGAGUUCACACUGGAGAGAAGCCCUUUAAAUGCCGUGAGUGUGGGAAAGCUUUCAGUCGUAGGUGCAGUCUCAGCAGACACUUGAUGUCUCAUACUGGGGAGAGCCCCUACGAAUGCAGCACAUGUGGAAAAGCCUUUUUUGACCGUUCAUCCCUAACUGUACAUCAGCGAAUUCACACUGGAGAGAAACCAUUUAAAUGCAGCGAGUGUGGGAAAGCCUUCUUUGACCGUUCAUCCCUCACUCGACACCAGAGAAUUCAUACUGGAGAAACUCCUUAUGAAUGUAGUCAGUGUGGGAAAGCCUUCAGCCAGAAAAGCAUUCUUACUAGACACCAGCUCAUCCAUACCGGCCGGAAGCCUUAUGAAUGUACUGAGUGUGGGAAAGCCUUCUAUGGUAUCUCAUCACUGAACAGACAUCAAAAAGCUCAUGCUGGAGAGCCUCACUUCCAGUGCAGUGAGUGUGGGAAAGCGUUCUUUGACCGCUCAUCCCUUACACAGCAUCAGAAGAUUCACACUGGAGACAAGCCCUAUGAAUGCAGUGAGUGUGGGAAAGCCUUUAGCCAGAGAAGUCGGCUUACACGACAUCAGAGGGUUCAUACAGGAGAGAAACCCUUUGAAUGCAGCGUAUGUGGGAAAGUGUUUAGUUCUAAAUCAUCAGUUAUUCAGCAUCAACGGCGCUAUCAAGGAGAAAGACUACGUAACUGUGAUUCAUUGAAAAAGAACCUAAAACAAAAUUCAGAUCUAAUGAGGCAUAAGAGAAUUUGUGCAGGGAAAAAACCCUGGAAGUGUAAUGAGUGUGAGAAAGCCUUUAGUUACUACUCAGCUUUUGUUUUGCAUCAGAGAAUUCACACAGGAGAAAAGCCCUAUGAGUGUAAUGAGUGUGGCAAAGCCUUUAGCCAGAGCAUACACCUUACUCUCCACCAGAGAAUUCAUACCGGAGAAAAGCCCUACAAAUGUCACGAAUGUGGGAAAGCCUUUAGUCACCGAUCAGCCCUUAUUCGCCAUCACAUAAUUCACACUGGAGAGAAACCCUAUGAAUGCAAUGAAUGUGGGAAGGCCUUUAAUCAGAGCUCAUAUCUCACUCAACAUCAGCGAAUCCACACUGGAGAGAAACCUUAUGAGUGUAAUGAAUGUGGGAAGGCCUUCAGCCAAAGCACAUUUCUUACCCAGCAUCAGGUCAUUCACACUGGAGAGAAACCCUACAAGUGUAAUGAAUGUGGGAAAGCUUUCAGUGAUCGUUCAGGCCUCAUCCAGCACCAGAGAACUCAUACUGGGGAGAGGCCUUAUGAGUGUAAUGAAUGUGGGAAAGCCUUUGGCUACUGUUCAGCCCUGACUCAACACCAGAGAACUCACACAGGGGAGAAACCCUAUAAAUGCAGUGAUUGUGCCAAAGCCUUCAGUGACCGCUCAGCCCUCAUCCGUCAUCAAAGAACACACACUGGGGAGAAACCUUACAAGUGUAAUGAUUGUGGGAAAGCCUUCAGCCAGAGCUCAUCUCUCACAAAGCACCAGAAAACUCACACUGGAGAAAAACCUUAUAAGUGUAAGGAAUGUGGAAAAGCCUUCAGCCAGAGUUCAUCCCUUUCUCAACAUCAGAAAACUCAUGCUGGAGGGAAAACCAAAGAAUAUGGAAAAGUCUUUAGUGAGCAUUCAGCCUUUGGCCAGCAAAAUAGAAUUCAUAAUGGUUAAAGACUGUAAAUUUUUUCCUGGGUGUGACUAAUCAUCUGAGUAGUUAUCUCAAUCAACAAUUCUUGAGGGGACAAUUGUUGAUUGAGAUAACUACUCAGAUGAUUACUCAUAUCCAGGGAAAAAUGAGACCUGUGAGUUACCUAGUCACAAAGUUCCCAUGAGGGCAGCUUCCCCUGAAUCCACAGCACAUUGGCCUGGCAGUUCACUUUUGCACUUUGUGUCUUUUAGAUCUUGCUUAUUGAGACAUCUACUGAAAAUCGUUAAUUACCAGGGUCAGACCUGUAGCCUAGAAAGGGGGAGUACAAAGAGGCCUUUGAUGUUUUCUGUGUUUUAAGCUGAGUUACUUGAUAAUGCGCUUAUUUAUGAAGAUUUACCUUCAUUGUAUGUAGUUUGUACUUUAGACUUUUUCAUACCAUAGUAAAAUUUAGUUGUAGGCCUGAACUGACACUGAAUAUUAGGUUGUGAAAAUUUGAAAAGACUUUGAAAUACUUGCCUUUCACCAUUUUAUUCUUGGGUAGAAGAAGAUGACAUGAUAUAUUUUUUAAUUGAAACUUUGAAGGUUAUUAUUAGAAACGUUUUGAGUGCUGUGUUUUUAAUUUUUGAAUUUGACUAAGAUAUAUCGUUGUGUAGAUUUCUUUGAAUUUAUCCUGUUAGCUUGAAUCUGUAGGUUUAUGUCUUUUGUUAAAUUGGGGGAAUUUUCAGCUAUCAUUUCUUUGAAUACAUUUUCAGCCUCCACCUCCCAAACCUCUCCUUCCAGGAUGCUGAAACAAAUGUUAUGUCGUUGCUUGUAAUAUCACAGGUUCCUGAGACUCUAUUCAUUGUUUUUCACUAUAUGUUUAUCUUAAUCUGCUCAGGCUGUCAUUAAAAUAACAUGCCAUAGACUGGGUGGUUCAAACAACAGAAAUUUAUUCCUCAGAAUUAUGGAGGAUGUAAGUCCAAGAUCAAGGUGUCAGCUUCGGUCUCUGGUCCUGGAUCUCUUCCUGGCUUUCUUGCCUGCCGUAUCCUUACAUGGCCUUUCCUUGAUGUAUGCCUGUGGAAAGAGGCAAGAUCUCUCUUCCUUAGCUUUAAAGGCCACCAGUCCUAUCAGAUUAGGACCCCAACCUUAUGACCUCAUUUAACCUUAAUUACCUCUAAAAAGUCCUUUCUCCAAAUACUGUCACAUUUGGAAGUAGCAUUCAGCAUAUGAAUUUGGGAGGGACACAAUUCAUAGCAUUUGCCCCUGGCCCCCCAAAUUCACAUUCUUCUCACAUGCAAAAUACAUUCAUUUCAUCCCAACAACUCUCAAAAGUCUUAACUUAUGCUAGCAUCAACUCUAACGUCCACAGUUUCACCUACAUAUCAUGUAAAGCAGGUAUGGG